CGCGCCCGGAUGCCGAGCCCGGGGCUUCUGGUGCUCUUCGGCAGCCAGACAGGCACGGCCCAGGAUGUGUCGGAGAGGCUGGGUCGCGAGGCUCGGCGCCGGCGGCUUGACUGCCGGGUGCAGGCCCUGGACUCCUACUCGGUGGUGAGGGAGCCCUAGGGCUUGGGCGGUGAGACCGAGCAGGCCGGGGGCGCCAGCCCCCAGAGCCCUCGACCGCAGGGCACCGUGUGUUGUGUGAGAGCGGACCGUUCCAUUAUGGCGGGUUUGGGGGGCAGGAAAACUUGGGGACGGUGGCAGGGCUUAGCACAUGGAGAAACGAGCAAGGUGGGAGGAUGGAGCCUGAAAGGGCAAAGGCAGGCCGGCCGCUCACGGGUGCUUCGUGACUCCGUUUGCCAUACCCCCCGAGUGAAGGAGAGGGGCCAGGCUGCGGAGAGCAUACCUACUUGCUACAGCCCGAGGUCUUAACACAUGUGUCUUUUUGUUGAGGUGAAUCUGAUUAGUGAGCCCCUGGUGAUAUUUGUUUGUGCAACCACAGGCCAAGGAGACCCCCCUGACAACAUGAAGCGGUGGCCCAGCUGAACCAGCUUGGAGCAAGGACUCGGGCUCUUUGGAAAAACCAUUUCCACCAGAAGUUCGCCCUGCCAACCUGCCAGUCACUGUGAAGGGAGGGCCCAAGCAUUUGCAGGUGCGGAGUUGUGAGAAGUGUACCUUCACUGGGAAGGAUAUUUUUGGCAAGCUUCGGGAAACAGGCCUUUGAGGAGGAGCAUGCAGGAGAGGUCUCCAGAGGCAGAGAGUGUAGUCCCCAGUACUGGCUGACGCAGCUCAGUCCUUGGGGUGUGGUCCAGGGUGGUCCAGGACCAGUGAGCAGAGCUGUGCCCCAACAGGGCCCCUCCAUGCCAGUUAUGAAGUACAAGGGACGUGGAAUGCAGCUAAAGCCUGGACCACAUGUGAAAGUUGGUGUCCAGGGCUCAGGUCACCACGGGCUGAAGGUGAUGGGGAGGUGUAUUUGAGAAGUGCUUCUGGAGGCCUGUGGGGAGGCUGGGGCAGAGUGUGGGCCAGACAGACUCCAAUGAGGGUCCCCGGAGGGGAGAAGAGGCACCUGGGCUGUGACCUUGGGGCUCUGGCUGUAAAGGCCCCUGGGUUGGCCAGAUGCAUGGAGGUGAGGGUGUCCUGGGGAAGGACACAGGUCUGGGUCCUUGGCCGUGAGGGUGGCAGUGAGCACAAAGCAGCCUGGUGGGGGCCCAGGGCUAGAAGAAGGCGCCAAAAGAGAAACUUGGUUGAUGUGAUGAGACGAGGACCACGGAGGGGGUCCUGUGGUGCCCCGAGGUUCAGAGCUGAGAACAGAGGGGUCUUUGGGACAUGGGGCUCAGUGUGAAGGGAGGAAGUGGUCCCAGGGGCAGCCUGAGCAGGAGCAGGUGCCACUCUUGCCCUGGGGAGGCAGUGGGGCAGGUGCCAGUAGCCCUCACAGGGCCCCCUGCCCAGGAAGGGGUGGGGCUCCACACUCUGGUGGUGGCUCUGGGGCAGCUCUAUGGUUUACGAGUUUCUGCCUUUUUCCAAAUCUUUUGCCAUUGUGAUAGAAUAAAAAAUGGUCUGGUUUCAGUAACAAAGAUCUGAAGGAACAGGGAGGGUCUAGGUUGUGGCUCCUCCCUACUCCACCCUAGGGCCCUGGUGGCCCAAAGCAGGGCCUCUAACUUGGCUUCUUCUGGCUGUAGAACUUCUGGAGGUUCAUAUUCCGGAAGAAUCUGCCACCGACUUCCCUCUGUCAGAUGGACUUUGCUGUUCUGGGCCUCGGGGAUUCCUCUUACGCCAAGUUCAAUUUCGUGGCCAAGAAGCUGCACCGACGGCUGCUGCAGCUUGGGGGCAGCGCCCUCCUGCCCGCGUGCCUGGGAGAUGACCAGCAUGAGCUGGGGCCCGACGCUGCUAUUGACCCCUGGCUGCACGAUCUGUGGGAGAAGGUGCUGGGGCUCUACCCGGUGCCCCCUGACCUUGGCGUGAUCCCCCCCGGAGUCCCUUUGCCCUCCAAGUUCACCCUCCGCUUCCUUCCGGAGGCCCCCAAGAUGUGCUCUGAGGAGCAGCAUAUGGCCGGUGCAGAUCCCCCAGGUCCCCCUUCAGAGCAGCAGCCCUUCCUGGCACCCAUGGUCACCAACCAGAGGGUCACCAGCCCCUCUCACUUCCAGGACGUACGGCUGAUCGAGUUUGACAUCACGGGCUCUGGGCUCAGCUUUGCAGCUGGCGACGUGGUGCUGAUCCGGCCCCAGAACCAGGCCAGCCACGUCCAGCAGUUCUGCCGGGUGCUGGGCCUGGACCCCGACCAGUACUUCACGCUGCUGCCCCGGGAGCCAGGUGUCCCCUGCCCCACGCAGCUGCCCCAGCCCUGCUCCGUGAGGCACCUCGUGUCCCACUACCUGGACGUCGCCAGCGUGCCCCGCCGUUCCUUCUUCGAGCUCCUGGCCUGUCUCUCUCCCCACGAGCUGGAGCGGGAGAAGCUGCUGCAAUUCAGUGCCCCCCAAGGUCAGGAGGAGCUGUAUUCGUACUGCAACCGGCCUCGCAGGACCGUCCUGGAGGUGUUGUGUGACUUCCCACACACGGCUGGAGCUGUUCCCGCAGACUACCUGCUCGACCUCAUCCCCCCGAUCCGCCCGCGGGCCUUCUCCAUUGCCUCCUCUCUGCUGGCUCACCCCUCGAGGCUGCAGAUUCUCGUCGCUGUGGUGCGUUACCAGACGCGCCUCAAAGAGCCCCGCCGGGGCCUCUGCUCCUCCUGGCUGGCGUCUCUGGAUCCUGGGCGAGGACCUGUCCAGGUGCCUCUGUGGGUGCGGCCCGGGAGCCUGACCUUCCCGGAGACACCGGACACACCUGUGAUCAUGGUGGGUCCCGGCACCGGUGUGGCCCCUUUCCGAGCAGCUGUGCAGGAGCGGGUGGCCCGGGGUCAGACUGGAAACUUCCUGUUCUUCGGCUGCCGCUGGCGCGACCGAGACUUCUAUUGGGAAUCUGAGUGGUUGGAGCUGGAGAGGAAGGGCUGCCUGACCCUCUUCACAGCCUUCUCCCGGGAACAGGAGCGGAAAGUGUACGUGCAGCACAGGCUCCGGGAGCUCGGGCCGUUGGUGUGGGAGCUGCUGGACCGCCGAGGCGCCUACUUCUACCUGGCGGGCAAUGCCAAGGGCAUGCCGGCAGAUGUGUCAGAAGCCCUGACGUCCGUCUUCCAGGAGGAGGGUGGGCUCUCCGGCCCUGAUGCAGCCAACUACCUUGCCAGGCUCCAGCGGAUGAUGCGUUUCCAGAGUGAGACGUGGGCCUAAGAAGCCAUCCUGCCAGCCUUGGCCACUCUAAACGCUGUCCUCUGGGGGGCUACUGUCACCUUCCACCCUGUCCCCUGCACAGCCUCACUUCAGUCAACCUGGGGUCCUAGACCCAGCCCUGACAUCGCUGCUCACUCACCACCCCACCCCUGCCCCCAUCCAGGGUUGCAGGCUACUGCCAGCCUUUCCCCACUGGCCCCAGCUUGGGUCCUGGUCAGGAUGGUCCCUGGGCUGCCCCACCCUGCAUAAGGACGGGGCCCCAGGAAGGAACGGGCAGCCUGAUGGGCAUCAGGGGCUCCCCAGACACCAGCUUCCAGACAGCAUGCGAGCCCGGAGAGCCUUCUGAGGUUGUCCCAGGGGACAGCAGUUUCCCAGUCCCCCUCUGCCACAUCUCUGUGCCCACCCACAAAGUACACGGUGCUGUCACAGGGCCUCGCAGGGCCAGGGCUAGGGCUGGAAGGCAGGACCAGGGGAGACCCCCAGCUAGCACACUCUUUCCUCACCCUGUUCCUGGAACACCUCCGUAAUAAACUGUGGGCUCUUGUUGGCUGUUUCUGA